AUGCAGCGGCUGGAUGCUCUACCAUUAUUCAUCCACCCCGAUCUCCCGAGCCUGCGUCCUCAUCUGUGCCUGGAGGUAGUGCGCCUAGUGCGCCUUUGCCACCGGUUCGUGAGUUUGCCAAGCCGACGCCCAAGCUGCGAGGCCGCGCCAAGAUCACGCUCGCACCCAGUUUCGAUCGGACCGGCGGCCGUGACGGAGGACGUACUUCCUAGUGAUGCAGACCACCCUACGGAGGGGUCAGGGUCUGUGAUUCGCUCCACAGAGGGGGACGAUCUGAAGCCGGAGGCUGUAGCUCCAAUCUAUGCGGAGGCGAGGGCUGCAGCAAGUCCCGGAGUGACACCUGCUGACUCUUCCUCGGAUGAAGACGACUAUGAACUGGCUCGAUUUCGACGACGAGGAGACCUCCCGGUCAAGGUUAGUGCCGUCACCGGCUUCCCAUCAGGAGUCGCCCCUCUGCGGCGCGACAAGAUCUCGGGCCGAAUCCGAGUGCUCCGACCCUCGGGUUUUCACCUUGCUCACAGUGGCACCACCAUCGCGGUAAGUUCCAGCUGUGGCGUCUUAGGGUUGAUGUCCGCUAUCCAUCAUGGUAUGCACCCACUCUUCUUAAGAAUAGGCUCUUUUGUCGACACCCAUGGGCCAGGAGGCCCCGCCGUGCGCGUUCUGCCCUCACUCGAGGUGCUGCCCGCCGCAGGUGGGGCCUGGUACAAGGGCAAGUGGUACGACCAGGAAACCAAGUGGAGAUUCUCCAGCAGCUGGGACACCCAUAAAUACUUCUUCGUCCAUAGCACUCUGCGUCAUGUGGAGCCGAUCCCGGGCCGGCUACUCAGGUUAAGACAUCAGGCGCUAGACCAGCUCACACGGACGAUCCAGAUCAUCCCCAAACGCAGCCUCAUGAUCAUUGGCGGUGACUUCAAUGCUACCUGUGCUGGUUCUGUUCCCAAUGUAGGUCCUCAUGUCAUGGCCAGAGCCCAGUCGUGGGCGACCGACCAAGAGGACUUGCAGGCCUUGCUUCUGGGACUUGAUUUGUGUGCACUGAACACCUUUCAGGCUUCACACCCCCCACACACGUACAUGUGGGGUGCCCAGCGAUCCCAAAUCGAUUUCCUCCUCAUCAGAAGUGAACUAGCUGACAGCAUUUCUCGACAAUCCUACGCUAUGCAUGAUCACCCCUUGGGUGCGUGGAGAGGUGGAGCUCGGCACUUCAUGGUAUUUGCCCAAAUCCCCACCAGCUGGCGCCCGUGGUCAGGUUGCUCCCAGCCUUCCUCUGCGCCCGCCAUUGAUCGACAUGCCAUUGCUGAUGCCCUCACUGGUAAGGCCGACCCACGCAUUCAAGCCUUUCGUCAGGAUUUGCACCUCGCGCUUGACCCUGUUCCGACUGACAUUUCAUCUCUGCAUGAUACCUCGCGCUUGCUCCUGUUCGUGGCCCACGGCCCUGGCAGGCCAUGUUUCAAUGUUGGCGUCACAGUGUCAUGCACAUCCGCAUGCACCGUCGUGCACAGCAGCAAGGCUGUCCGACAAGGUCACAGUCGUCUCUUCUACCAGCUCAUUGACAAGCUGGCUCCCAAGGGCCGUUUUCGCAAAUUCCAGAUGAGCAAGGGAGGUCAAAUCCUCACCCCGGCAGCGGAAUUAGAGGUCAUGCGCAAACAUUUCGUUCAGGUCUUUAACCAUGACAACCCCGCAGGGCCCUCACAAGCUGUCAUCGAAGAGGCUGAAGCCCCUUUUCAAAUUGAGUGCCAUGAGCUACGGGUGUUUCUUGAUAAGCUUCCCGCGCGAAAGGCUGGCGCUCCUGCCACGGCACCAGGUGCUGUUUGGCGUGUCUGCUCGGACCUGGUCGCUCCCUUACUCACGGAUCUCUUGAAUCAACGCUGGAGUCAAUCACCCUUGUCCCCGCCGGCGCCCUGGGCUAAGGCCUUGCAGGAAGCUGGCAUCACAGGUGUGAAGCAGGGCUGUCCGGCCAGUCCCCUCCUCUUCGCGGCUUUCAUGACAUUAAUCACACGUCGUCUGAGUGCUCGCCUGACGCCCGAAUGGGUGGCACAACACCUUACUAUGUUUGCUGACGAUUUUCAUGUGGGUAAGUGCUUCCACAGUUACCACGAAUUGGAGACCCUAAGCGCUCAAAUUGGCUUUAUUAUCACUACCCUGCGCAAACAUGGUAUGAGUGUUCAUGCUACCAAGGCUCAGGCAAUCCUCACAAUGGAAGGCACCCAACGCAGCACUGUCAUACAGAAACUCACUCGCACCCUGGAAACUGGUAGGCUCUUCCGUGUCUACACUAAAAAUGGUGAUGAAUUCUUGCCUCUAGUACGUAAGAUUGACUAUUUGGGUGCGGUCACCACUUAUGAUUCUAGCGCAACAGCCACGCUCCGACGCAGGACCAUUCUGGCCAAAGCAGCACACUCUCGGCUCAGGAGCGUGCUCCAUGCUUACCGCACCCUGACAGUGGUCCAUAGAGUGCAUCUUUGGCGCGCCACAGUGUGGCCCUGUCUGGCCUACGGACUAGAAGUCUGCGAACUCACGGAGGAGCACCAUGCUCAGAUUCAAACACUGGUGAUGCGGCAUCUUCGAGGCAUAGCUAGGAGCCCAGCUCACUUAACGCACGAAUCAGACAUUGCCCUUGCCACACGCUUGCAAGUUCCCCUACCGCGGGCGGCCCUCCGGCGCACAUUUGAGUCAGCCUUCGGUCGUCAGGAGCCGGACGACCCCUUCCUGAUGGACGAUAACCUACUUAAAAGAAUGGCCGGAGGAAGAAACGAUUUGAUAUCUAUAUUAUGUCUUGCUUUCAAAAGACACAUGUCUUGA